AUGAAUACCUCAGAAAUCCAAAUAGCAGAAGAAAUCGACUAUGAAGCAUUACCAUCCAAUGCUCCUUUAACGCACCAACUGUUAGCUGGUGCUUUUGCUGGAAUAAUGGAACACUCAGUCAUGUUUCCAAUAGAUGCUUUAAAGACACGAAUACAAUCAACCUCAUUAAAGCCAACAUCAUCUAAUAUUCUCUCCCAAUUAUCCAAAAUAUCUUCCGCUGAAGGUUCCCUUGCAUUAUGGAAGGGUGUCCAAUCUGUCAUACUGGGUGCAGGACCUGCACAUGCUGUAUAUUUCGCUACUUACGAAUAUGCUAAAUCGCAUCUAAUUGACGAGAAAGAUAUCCAAACACAUCAACCUUUGAAAACUGCAUUGAGUGGUACAUGUGCUACAAUAGCAGCAGAUGCAUUAAUGAAUCCAUUUGAUACAAUUAAACAAAGAAUGCAAUUGAAUACAAAUUCCACAGUUUGGAACGUUAGUAAACAAAUAUAUAAGAAUGAAGGGUUUUCUGCAUUCUAUUAUUCAUAUCCAACCACUUUAGCAAUGAACAUCCCAUUUGCAGCAUUCAAUUUCAUGAUAUAUGAAUCAGCAAGUAAGUUUUUCAAUCCUGUAAAUACAUACAAUCCGUUAAUUCAUUGUCUAUGUGGUGGAUUAAGUGGUGCCACGUGUGCCGCCAUAACAACUCCAUUAGACUGUGUUAAAACUGUCUUACAAGUUCGAGGUUCUGAAACCGUGUCAUUGGAUGUAAUGAAACAAGCUGAUACUUUUAAGAAGGCUGCUAGCGCUAUUCUUGAAGUGCAUGGUUGGAAGGGGUUUUGGCGUGGGUUGAAACCAAGAGUGAUCGCUAACAUGCCUGCUACUGCUAUUUCAUGGACUGCAUAUGAAUGUGCCAAACACUUCUUAAUCUCGGUAUAG